AACUACUUCUAUUCUUCAAAUUUGAGUCGUAUUCCACGGGAUCAAACAUAGUUGUCCAUGAGAAGUUACACACGGAAAUGGCUGAGUCUAUGAUAAAUACAUAUUUCUAUGCAUAAGGGAAAAAAGACAGGCAAACAUGUGACAGGUAGAGGGGUCUUUCGGUUGAUAGGCUGGAUUUCAUUACAUUGCAGUCUCCUUCAAGUCGCCCUCCAACCGGUGAAGUUUACUGCUAGCCUCAUCUUUUACUGGUGUAAUGGCUGUGCCUCCAUCAUAUGGUGACCUUGGCAAGUCUGCCAAGGACAUCUUCAGCAAAGGCUAUGGGUUCGGCCUGGUGAAGCUUGAUGUGAAGACCAAGUCUGGCAGCGGAGUGGAGUUCAAAACAGCUGGCUCCACCAACACAGACACCAGCAAGGUGGCGGGCAGCCUGGAAACCAAAUACAAGAGGUCAGAGUACGGCCUGACCUUCACAGAGAAGUGGAACACUGACAACACCCUGGGAACAGAGAUCACCGUCGAAGACCAGAUUGUCAAGGGUCUGAAGCUGACAUUUGAUACAACCUUCUCACCAAACACUGGCAAGAAGAGCGGCAAAGUCAAGACCGCCUACAAGCGUGAGUUUGUCAACCUGGGCUGUGACGUUGACUUUGACUUCGCUGGCCCCGCUAUCCAUGGAGCGGCCGUCGUUGGUUACGAGGGCUGGCUCGCCGGCUACCAGAUGACUUUUGACACGGCCAAGUCUAAGAUGACCCAGAACAACUUCGCUGUGGGAUACAAGACCGGAGACUUCCAGCUACACACCAACGUUAAUGACGGUGUACAGUUUGGUGGCUCAAUCUACCAGAAAGUGAGUCCAGCGCUGGAGACAGCGGUCAACCUUGCCUGGACUGCCGGCAGCAACAGCACAAGCUUCGGCAUCGCAGCCAAAUACCAGCUGGACAAGAGUGCCUCCAUCAGUGCUAAAGUGAACAACAUCAGCCUGGUCGGUCUUGGAUACACCCAGACGCUGAGACCAGGUGUGAAACUCACGCUCUCUGCCCUGGUGGACGGCAAGAGCAUCAACACUGGAGGCCACAAGCUGGGCCUGGGGUUGGAACUGGAGGCCUAAACUAUCCUCACGGCGAAGGGGAUAAGGGAAUAUCAGCAGAAUCUGGCCUUAUAAUGUAUUUCCAACUCAAACCAGCAAGAGGAUGUACCAUGGAAAGGGGCGUGUUCAGAGGCUACAACAACACGAGAAAGAAACACUACGGUCUUUUACUUUUAUUUUUUACUGUUUUAUGACGGUAGCUAUUUCCGUCAUUCUUUGGUGUACAUGUUUGCUUUGUAGUUUCCAUUAAAAGACACUUGCAGUGGGUCAGUAAUUUAUA